AUGGGUAUGAUAAAUUCAACCCCUCGAUGCAAGUUCAUCAAUAACAUGAGCAGCCUGAUCGGCUUGAUUGAAAUAGGCUCACCGGGACAAAUCGUGGAUGUGCAGUUCGAUACUACAUUUAGCGGAGUUCUAGUCCAGUCAACCUUUGAGGGACCAGCGAUAGGUGGUAGUCCAGUGUAUAACUGCAGCGCAUCCACGUCGUGCGUGCUGAUUGUCCGACAAGACAACUAUGAUCUCCCUAUCCAAGAGUACCAGUUCGGGGAUGGCGUUGUGGCUUGGGCGAAUCCUGGGACUGAGACUUUCAAUGUUGGCGGGGKACUUUAUCCCGAUAUUGGCUUUGGCCAGCUCCACGAUUAUGAUCUUAUGAAUAGUGGUCAGAGUCUGCCUUUUGGUGGAGCAAGUGGUGUUAUUGGUUUCAACGUAAACCCGUUGCAGGCUUCUGGACAAGCUGGUUUUAUGUCUGCGAUCAGCGAUCAAGUGACAGAAUGGAAACGUUCCAUUGACUUGUUCCGUGAAAGGAACAAUGGCACGUGGACUUUAGGACUCCCUAAUAAUUUAGGCAAUGCCGCUGAUAUCGCGUGGGUGACACGGAAUGAUAAUCAACCCACAUGGAGUGUCAAUAUCACUGCAAUAUCGGCCGGUAAGAUGGGGACGCCUCCAAUUUCGACGUGGUCUGCAACUAUUUCGACUCAAGAACAGUCAUUCGUUUGGCCGCAGAAGCUCUUAGACUGGUAUUUUACGGGAAUCGACGCUACUUGGUCUGCGGCAGACAAUACAUAUCGCUAUCCAUGCAAUACAACCCUGCCUGACUUCACCUUCCGCCUUGGCAAUGGCACGUUUACGAUUCCGAGUACUUAUAUGCCAUAUCAGCGCGAUAUUACCGGUACCACAUGUAUUACGAUAGCCACAGGAGACAACUCCACAGAGUCAAACCAUGAAUAUUCUUUUGGUACUUGGUGGGCGCAACUGGGGGUAUUGAUUCUUGACUACGAGAGUUCUCAGGUAGGAUUCAUGAAUAAGUCGUCACCUCUGCCAAUUUUUGACCUUUCGUCGCUUGAGGUGUCGCUACAGACCGCUUGCCGACAAUUAUUAAACUCUCCCUUCAUUCAUUCUGAAUAA